GACAGGUGAAGAUGCUGUUUUUAGUGCUUCUGUUCUGUCUGAACUGCGCUUCAGCUGCAAAGCUGGGCGUGGUGCAGACGGAGGGGGGGCAGGUGGAGGGGCGGAGCCACAGGAUGGGGCUGUUCAGGACCGUGGACGUCUUCAAAGGGAUCCCCUUCGCCGACGUCCCAGGAAAGUGGGAGAAACCAAAACCUCACCCUGGAUGGAGCGGGAUCCUGAAGGCGACGACGUACCGAGAGCGCUGCCUGCAGGUGACGCUGCUGCAGACAAAAACCCAGGGCAGCGAGGACUGUCUCUACCUGAACAUCUUCGUUCCACAGGGACGCAAAUUGUCAACGAACCUCCCGGUGAUGGUGUACCUGUUCGGGGGCGCCUUCCUGUUAGGGGCAUCCAACGACGUGGCGAUCCUCGGGGACUCGCUGUACGACGGGAAGGAGAUGGCGGAGCGCGGCGAUGUCAUCAUCGUCACUGUCAACUACAGAGUGGGAACGAUGGGAUUCCUCAGCACCGGAGACACCCGGCUGCCAGGUAACUACGGUCUGUGGGAUCAGCACGCCGCCAUCUCCUGGGUCCGCAGGAACAUCGAAGCGUUCGGAGGAAACCCCGACAACAUCACUAUCUUUGGCCAAUCAGCCGGAGCUGCCAGCGUCAGUUUCCAGAUGCUGUCUCCCUACAGUAAAGGCUUGUUCCGUAGAGCGAUCUCUCAGUGUGGCGUAGCUCUCAGCCCGUGGGCUUUGCAGACCAACCCGAUGGCUCUCACCAAAAAGAUCGCUCGUAAAGUCGGCUGCUGGAGAAGCAAUGUAGAUGAGAUGAUAACGUGUCUGAAGAUGAGCGACCCGGUCGGACUUACCAUGGCGGGAAAAAUCGACGUGUUGCUCAUUCUGGGAAAAGGUGUGGUCAUGGAUCUCCUUGAGCUUGCACCGGUGGUCGACGGCGACUUUAUCCCCGAUCAUCCCAGCCGGCUGUUUCACAAUGCGGCUCAGUUUGAUUACAUGGCAGGGGUUAACAGCAUGGACGGACACAUCUUUGCCGGAGUCGACGUUCCAUCUAUUAACCAGAAAAAUGGCAACACCACAGCAGCGGACGUGAGGAGUCUACUGGUCGGGAUCACUAAAGAGAAGGGCACCGCCGCCGUGUCCUCGGCCUACAGUGCAUACUCAUCGAACUGGGGCUCUCACCCGGAGCCGGCGGUGCUGAAGAAGACCAUCGCCGACAUCGAGACGGAUUUCCUGUUCCUGGUUCCCACACAGAUCGCCCUCCAGCUGCACGCCGACAACUCCACUGGUGCCCGUACUUACUCCUACCUGUUCAACAUGAAGACUCGUAUCCCAGGAUUCCCUCGCUGGGUGGAGGCGGAGCACGCCGAGGACCUGCAGUACCUGUUUGGUAAACCCUUCGCCACGCCGCUGGUCUACUUCCCCCGACACCGUGACCUGUCCGGGUACAUGAUCGCAUACUGGACCAACUUCGCCAGGACCGGUAAUCCCAGUGAAGGUGAAAGUAGAGUCCCGGUUGUUUGGCCUGCCUUCACCAAACACCACCACCCCUACCUGACCAUCAACAACAAGAUCUCCAAGUCCUCCGUCAGCUACGACCUAAGAUCGUACUACGUCAACUACUGGACGGACACCUACAGCCUGCUGCCGUCAGUCAGGACAGGACAAGAAGCAGACUGAAAGUCUGAAUGAAUCUCAGUCUGCUAUUAUUAUAAUCAGUGAGAAUUUAAAACAGUGACAAUUAAAAUAAUUAAUAAAU